AUCCAUACAACUCUUCUUCCCAGCCACAGCUGCUUGGAAAAUACUGUGGUCCAGGAGCACCUACCAGCUGGGAGAGACACAGACUGGAGCAUUAUAGGGGUGCCUUUUAUCAAAUAAAGAUACCAAUGGGAUCAUCGGCCUGUUCACCUUUGGAUGGGUUAAUCCGAGCAAACCUGCACAGGAAGAUUGGAAUCAGGAGGAGGAAUGGUGAAAGCCCGUGCAGUGCUGAGGAUGAGCCAGAAGUGCCUCAGUUGUGCUGGCUUUCUGUAAAAAUCAUAAGAAUGAGAAAUCUCCGCAGAGCAGAUCUGUGGAGCCAGACUGAUUGCUACAUCAAACUGCKGCUGCCGACAGCUUCACACCGGGAAAUCCGGACAAGAACAGUACACAACUGCAGAAACCCUGCCUGGAAUGAAACUUUCCACUUUGUGAUUCAGAGUGCAGUSAAGAACAUCCUGGAGCUGACAGUCUGUGACAAGGAUACUUUUACACCAGAUGACGAGCUUAUGACUGUUUGCUUYGAUGUGGCUAAAAUUCAACCUGGAGAAAAAGUUCACCUGAAUUUUGAGCUGAAUCYAGAGACUAAGGAAGAACUAGAAGUGGAAUUUCUACUGGAAAACAUACCAGGUGUAUCUGAGAAGAUCAUUACUAAUGGCGUACUCGUGUCUCGUGAAGUUUCCUGUUUGGAAGUACAUGUGAAUGCAACAAAAAUGAGGAGUUCUUGCAAAAGGAGAGAUUUCACGUUCACGAUGAAAGGAUCCUAUGAAGAAACCCGGGAUAUUUCCAUAGGUCCUCACUGCAGACCAGGAAGCAGUGAAAGCACCAGGUUCCACUACAGCAAACACAGUGAACCCCGGCUGCUCAUGACUCUGCCCAAGGAGUGUUUUUUCUGUUGUCAUGGCUCAGGUAGGAGGGAAAUGGAUSUAAGUGGUCCUGUGGCUGUGCCUCUGCAUUCUCUGGACUUGGGAAAGAAAGUGACAGUGAUGAGAAGAGAAUCCUAUGAGGUGUCUGUGAAGGAGGAAAAUGGCUGCAAGAAUUUGGAUUUGCGCUUGGGGUUUGAUCUGUGCACGGAGGAGCAGGAGUUCAUCUGCAAAAGGAAGAAGGUGGUUGCUGCUGCUCUGAAAAGUGUUCUUCAUCUAGAUGAAGACCUGCAGGAGGAUGAGGUGCCGGUGGUGGCAGUGGUGACGGCCGCAGGGGGAGUGCGCUCCAUGACCGCGAUGUUCGGCAGCCUCCUGGCUCUGCAGCAGCUCGGGGUCCUGGACUGUGUGUSCUACAUCAGUGGUUUAUCUGCCACRACAUGGACCAUGUCAAAGUUAUAUGAAGAUGCAAAUUGGUCCCAGAAGGAUCUCAGAGGGCCCAUUGGCGAUAUCAGGAAACACGUGACCAAGAGCAAGCUGCACUGUUUCUCUUUGGAUCACAUGAAAUAUUAUGAAGAUGAGCUCUGUGAGAGGAAGCAAGAGGGGCACAAGGUGUCCUUUACAGAUUUAUGGGGACUCUUCAUUGAUUGUAUGCUGCAUCAUCAGGGAAGUACUCACAAACUCUCGGAUCAGCAACUAGCAGUAAACCAGGGGCAGAAUCCACUCCCCAUAUACCUGUCCCUCAAUGUCAAGGAUGACUUUAGCACUUUGGAUUUUAAAGAGUGGGUGGAGUUCACACCUUAUGAGGUGGGGCUGCUGAAAUAYGGGGCCUUUGUUCGUUCAGAGGAUUUUGGGAGUGAGUUCUUCAUGGGUCACCGGAUGAAGAAGAUCCCAGAAUCCCACAUCUGCUUCUUGGAAGGCACAUGGAGCAAUAUAUUUUCCCAUAGUUUUAUGGAUGCYGUCUACCUCUCAGGUCAUUCAGAACACUUCUGGCACAGAUGGACUCGAGACACUGAGCAAGACAUUGAGGACCAUCCUGCUCUGCCCAAGAGGCCCCACGAACAGACAGCCUCCUUGUCCAUUCCCAAAGGUUCCCUUUCCAAAACUCUCAGACAAAUGAUGACCGGACGGCCGGUGGUUUCAACUUACCAUAACUUCCUCAAGGGCUUGCAGCUACAUGACAAGUAUUUGGAGAAUGAGAACUUUUGCAUGUGGAAAGACACAGUGCUGGAUUCUUCUCCCAACCAGCUGAAUGAAAUGAGUGACUACCUCAAGCUGAUAGACACCGCUUUCUUCAUCAACACCAGCUGCCCACCCGUCCUGAGGCCAGAGAGAAAAGUGGAUGUCAUUAUCCAUCUGAAUUACAGUGGAGGAUCACAGACUCUGCCCCUGGAACUAUUCUCAAAGUACUGCUUGGAGCAUGGGAUCCCWUUCCCCAGCACAGAGCUGAGCCAGGAGCACCGGGAACACCUGAAGGAGUGCUAUGUGUUUGAGGACAGCUUAGAGGCACCAAUCUUGGCCUAUUUYCCACUGGUGUGUGACACUUUCCAAAAAUACAAGGCACCGAACUUGGAGCGCAGUCCCGCGGAGAUGGAGCAGGGAAGGGUGGAAGUGUCCAACUGUGCUGCUCCCUAUGGCACUGGCCUGCUGACCUACACUGAGGAGAACUUUGACAAACUGCUCAAYCUGUGCAGCUACAACAUCCUGAACAACAAACAGCUCAUUCUUCAGGCUUUGAGAACCGCGGUGGAACGAAAGAAGCGACUAAAAAACUAUUUGGCACCAGAUUCACGUAAACAGCCUUGAAGUGUGUUUUGAAAAAUCUCAUCAGAAGGAGAUGCACAAACGUUUUGRUACUGGACUAAUAAAUAUUCACCUGCUGCAAAUUCACAGAUGUUUGUGAUGGCAACAGAAUUUGUGAUACCAACUCUUUGACUUCUGCAACAGUGAGAUGYCAGUGUGUAGCUGCUGCUGCUACAGUUUUAUUCCCACUGCCAUCCCAAGAACAGCGUUCAUGAGAUUCUCGUCCUUGUUCUAGAAAAUGGGUUGCUAAAGAAAAUACAUUUGACUGGUUGUUCUUAGGUCUUAUUUUCUGUUGUAUGCAACAAUAUACAUGCAGAGUAAUAGMUGCUGUACAUAUACUAAGUACCCAUGCAUAAUCUUAUUAAAACGAAAUUUAUAGUUGAAGUCAUUGAUGUAUGGGGUUUCAUUAAGUUCUAUGGACUCAGCUCAGCUAGCGAGUUGUUCUGGGAAAAAGUCAUUCUUGCUUCUGAUACCGAGAACCAAAUCUCUAGGGAACAAUGAGCUUUGCUAAGAACCUUUGAGGAAGAAUGAAAGAAAAGAUGCCAAUUCAACUAUGAAAGAUAAAAAUUGGAAGGAAACYCUGCUUUCGAGAAUGCAGAUGCCUGGAAUGAUAAUGCCAGGAGAGAACAUUUUAUGUUGUUACCUCCAAGACUGUCCUUUUCAGUGCAUCAUUUCAUUCAGCAGGCGGUAACACCAGCAGGUGUCUGUCAAGAUUUGCUGCAAUAUAAAUCAAACCACUAAAGUCUCCCCUUCAUAAGAGGAACCUGUUGGCAGUAACCUUUGUGUCUCCUUUUCAUGGAUCUAAAGUGGUCAAAUCCAACGACUUUUCUCAGAUACUGAUAGAUCUUUCUGUUUCACCAGCCCUCUUAAGCAGAAAGUCAGUUUUUCACCUUCUUUCCUUGCCCUUGGUCAGGAUGAAUUGAUGUUAUGUGUCACCAGUAAAACUGCAAUAGUUUUCUGUGAGUAAAGAAGAAAAUGAAGAUGUCACUCUGACAGCYCAGUUAUGCUCAUAACUUUAUUUUUAAACAAUAAUGAAAUGGGGGUUUAAAAAUGUGAUUAUUUCACAAAAUAUCUCUUAAGUAUUUAAAAGAUUUUCAAGAUUCAUUACUAGAGCACCAGGAGGGUGGAAUAGAAGCAGCUCAAUAYGUGCUUGGUGCAUUUCACCCACUGGUUUUUGGUGGUUGCAACACUUGGCACUGGGCCUCAGGUUUAGUCACCCAAGGUGUGGUGAUGAUGUGUGUUUUUGGCAGCUGAUAUGGAAAAUUAGGAUGGCUUAGAAGAGCUGAGGAAAGGGAGUCCAUUUUCAGAAAUCUGGGCCUAUUUAGCUUGCCACUAAAAACCUUAGGUUGCCUCAAUGGUCUCGCUUAGCAGCUCAAUGCUUUGACCUAAGUCAGACAAAUGCUGGUGUUUGUSUUGGGGUCUGCUCCAAGGAUCUUACACUGCAUGAGACAAAUGUUUUAGCUGGGAGGUCUUAUGGUCAAGCUUAAAGGUCUUGCCUUGAUGGCUUGUGUGAUGUCUCCAAAACAGAUUCAUUACUUUUUCUUGUUUGRGGAAGAAARGGCUUYUUAUUCCAUUCUGUUAAAGCCUAUUCAUGCUGUCCCCAUUGCAGCCAUAGCUCAGAAUCCUGCCURUGAUGUKAUGGUGAAAGGCAGCAUA